GGCAAUGAUUGUUUGGAUCUGAAAUUCUGACAGUAGAGCUAAUUCUUUCUGAUAUUUCAUAACUGGUUGAGUCAUUGACAACGUAUACUUCCCCUUCUUAUUGUAGGAGCUUUGCUUUUUCACUUUCUUCAACCAGUUUACCUUUCUUCCAUAGCUGUUGGACAAUCCUGUUAUGAUUCUGAAAAUUAUUUGAUCGAAGAUCACUUGAGAAGGACUUUAUAUGAUAGGGUCCUACCUUUGUCAAGCAAGCUAAUGGAUCCCUUUAAAGUGAAUAAGGUAUUCAAUAUGCUGGAAUAAGUCUGGUUUGCACGAAGUCAUUCUGGGAACCACUGGCAGAAAGCAGGGAACCUCUGCAAAAGGGGCAAUGUACCCUUCUACAGAGUCAUCUUUAUGCAAGAAGCGAUUAUUGGAGGUGUUCUUGUUACUGGUGCAGGAGUGCUUGGUCAAUUGCUCAGCCGGUGAGAUUUCUUAUAGAGAACUUAAGGAACGAGCAAAAGAAUACAGUUCAACUUCCAAGACCUUUAAAGGAAGUCCCCAUUUUGGAAACUGGUUUGUGAAACCUCUAAACUUUGAGGCCUUCUCACAUGAGGGACAAUGAGAUGGAAGACUUGAACGUGAAAGAUGGUUUUGACUGCGGAAUAUGGAAAAUAGGUGGGUUUUGAAAGAACUUUUUGUAAGGAUAGAUUGGAUUGCAAUAGGGCUCUCAUUUUCUCUAACAACUGUUACAUUAAGUGUUGUAUAUGAGAACGAAGAGCAGUCGACCUUGUAGCUGUUCAGGCUUGACUUGGGUUUAAUUCUCACUGCUGUUAUUGGUCGUUUUUCCUCGUCUACCUUACCUGUAGAAUGAUUAGGGGGAAUAUGUGGAAAGUGCGCUUUUCGUAGUGUGGGUAAAUAUAAAUAGAAAGAGUUACCUUAGUUAAAAAUGUAAUGAAUAAUUAGAUUUAAACGAC